AGGAAGGAGGAUGAGGAAGUGGCUGCAGCCCUGUGGAGAUGUGUCUGUCUCCAGUGAAGCAGCAGCUGUCAGCAGGACAUUAAGCAGCUCGGGCAGCCAGAUAACAGCACAUCUUCUGACAAUGCGAUGGGUAACUGCUGGGCACAGUGUGUCGGGCUCUUCAGGAGGGAAGCCAACCGGAUCCAGAGAGGAGGCGGGUCAAAAUAUUUCCGAAGUAGUACCACGGGGGAGCAUUACACAAUAGAGUUUGAAAAUCUGGUAGAGAGCGAUGAGGCUGAGAGUCCACAGCCCUGCCCGAGGCCCAUCAGUGAAGAUGAGAUCCAGCACCUCAAGGAGCACCGCUACACUGCUAUCACAGACAAACAGAGGCUGAUAGACCAGAAGCUGCAAGUGGAGUUAGAGGCACAAGAGGAGAAGUUAAGGCUAGAAGAAGAGGCUAGAAAUGCCGCCCAGCGUGAGGCCGCCAGGUUGGCACGUGAACGCAAAUUGAAGGAGCAGCUGUCUGCCCAGAGGAAACGGGGCAAAGCAGAUGGCUCCGGCGGUGAAACUCAGCAAAGAAAACAAACCUCAGGGGAGGAUUUUGACGUCCACCUGCAGAAUAUAAAAGCCCAGUCAGAGGCUUUUAGGAGUAACAGACUGCCCUCUGACACCAACGUGGUGACUCCAAACACAGAGUGCAGCUGGGACUUCACCACCAAGACUCGCUCCACCAACGAUGACGGGACCUCACUGGAUCUAGAGUGGGAGGACGAGGAAGGAAUCAAUCGUGCACUUCCGGUCUGGGAGAGGUCUCGGACGGAGGAGGACAUCCUGCGUGCAGCCCUGAGGCCCGGCAGCAAGCAGAUGAACAGCGGCCCGACCUCGGCCUCCGAAGACUCCAACGCGCUGGAGUGGGAGAAUGAUUUUGUGAGUACGCAUCCAGAGGACAAUGCAGACACUGAAUUUCAAGGGUUUGUCAAUCCUGUCCUAGACACUCCCUCUGAGGACACCUCGGACCGUGGCCUCAGGUUGGACAACCAGGACAGAUAGUGUCUAGCACCAAAGGAGACGUUUGUUUGUGUGUUCUCUUCAUGUCAAAGCUCACCAGCUUUUUGCCUCAUGAAAUGGAAAUGUACUUACUUUCUCUUCAUAUUCUGUGAUAUGAGACGCUGAUGCUGCGGGAAUAUGUUGUGCAUCUCUACACUGCAGUACAGUGUGGAGAUGUAUUUAAUCAAACACUCAUUCUUUCAGUGCCUUCAUUUGCCAAAUUAGCCGACCAUUUUAUGCAUUGUAACUUGAACUGAUCAGUUUCCAUCCAUUACCAUUUGACACAUUGUUCAGUGAGUGCUUAUUUUCAAUGCACAGUGCUCUGAUGACCUCACAGAAGCUGCCAAGCUACGCUGAAAUGAAAAAAAGCAGAUGGCUGCUUUUUUGAAUUGUUGUCACUUAUGGACGUUUUUCACUGGUUGGUGGGUGGGGGGGAGUGAGUCAUGGAGUGUAACUUAUGAAGUUACGUUGUGUUUUUUAAAAUCCCAGCAGGGAAAUUUGUCCUCUGCAUUUGACCUGUCCGAACUAUUUAGCAGCCACAGUGCAGUGCCUGGAAAGCAACUGUAGUUCUGAGGCCAGUACCUUGGUCAGUGGUCAGCAUGUCUUUAAGUGUAUUUAAAAAAGAAAAAAACACACACACACAAACUACAGAAAAAAUAUCCUCACACAGCCCUCAGUUUCUCUACUUAGGUUCAGCUCUGCCUUUCAGUUGUAUAGAGUUAUUGCAUGAUGGCAAAAGAGGAACUGAAUUCCACAUAAGGGUUGCUUAUGAAAAGGUACAUUAUACUAAACUGUUUUGAUGAAUCAGAAUAAUAAUACCAUCACUGUUUCUACAUUUGAGCCUGGACCGAGGAUUUGGGGGGAGUUGAUGGGGUAUUUAUCAUCAAUUUUCUUCUGAAUCUUGGAUUGAUUGCACAACAACAGUGAUCUAUAAUAAACACAGCUUAUGCAUGGGUGCGUAGCCUAAUAUGAUGCAGAGUAAAAAGGCCAAUCUGGGCUCUACCAAAUGUUACUCUGACUGGAAUUAAGGCAUUUUCUGAUAUUUUAUGAAACAAACAAACAGGAUAACUCCUCAAAACCACGUUCAUAUCUGAUUUAAAUUUGUCCACCUCUCAGAGCUAACAGGCUCGUAUUCAUAAAAAAUAAAAAUAAAGAGGCCCAAGCAUGAAAACACUUUCACUGUCCCUCAGUAAUAUGCUCAAUUUUCAUUAGUGAACAUCUAACAAGAGACUUUUUUAUAAAACAACAUAAUUAAGCACAUACAAUGAUUCCUCUAUAUAAACCCAAUGUCAUUUUUUUUUUUUGGACUCUUAGAUUUUAUUAAAAGACCUUUUUUUUAUGUCAAAACCAAUAGCACAGAACAGCAGAAUCAUUGCCAGGCACCAUGACGUCCUCAACACAUACAUUAUAUAUCAUGGAUUCUCAAGGACAGCAGCUCUUCAUGCAGCUCAACAUAAUUUGCAUAUAAUUGUCCUUGAUUUGCAAAAGCAUAAAGCAAAAAGAAGGUAAAUGAGAUUUUAAGUGGUGAGGAUGAGCAAACCAGCAGCCAGGUUCCUUAUUCCAACAAAUAUUUAAAACUCUAAAUCACCGGCUUCUAAACUGCACAUCUUUUAAAGGUCCAGUGUGUAACAUUAUAUGAGGCUCUGUUGGCAGAAACAGAAUUUAAUAUUCAUAGAUGUGUUUUAAUUUGUGUAUAAUCACCUGAAAAUAAGAAUCAUUGUGUUUUUGUUUCCUGAAAAUGAGUGAAAAUGUUUAUAUCCACAGACGCUGCGGGUCGCCUACAGUAGCCCAGAACAGACAAACCAAACGCUGGCUCUAGAUUGGGCUAAUUUAGUUUUUUGCGUGUUUUGGAGCACCAUAGUUUUGCCCUAACGGUUGGAAAUGGAGGGCGAAACGAUGCCCCUUUAUCCUAAACACUGGACCUUUUUUAAAUGCGAUUUUUAAAUGUAAAAAUCUCUGGUUCAGGAGUUGCCACACUAGCCUGAACGGUAUGAAACAAUAUGGAAAUGAAAAAACUGUAAUUAGCAAUAAUUUGAUGGCACUAAUUCUGGAUGUUAUUCUAGAUCUAACUUCAUGUGAUACGUCUCAAAUCUAAACAACUGGAGUGAAAUAAUUUUACUGUUAAUGUGAAUAGUUGCUCUGAAAUACAGGGGAAUAAUUGUAGAAUAUAGAAUAGGUGGGACAAUCUUCACUAAAAACUAAAAUCACUCCCUUUGCCACCUUUAAAAGAGACUUGACUGAUUUCCGAAUCAUUGCUGGCAUUUGGUGUAUUUAGGAAACAAAUCUUGUGUAAUGACUUUUGAUUUAAUCUGAUAUGAAACUUUCAUGAAUCAUAAUCUGAUUGUUGUUCACUGCUAAUAUUAUAAGCAAUAUUUUGUGGAGUCUGGAUGGGGGAAAAAAAGAUCAAGGUUACCAAACAUGCAAACAUGACUCAGUGGUGUAAACUUUGUCAUGUUGCUACAAUUGAUCCAACGCUGCUGUAUACAUUGUUCCAGUUCUUGUUGCGUUACAGUUUUAUAUCCUGAUAUUUUGACCCAUCACGUACGGUCGAGCAUGAGUUGAAACGAUAGUGUUUCUUGCAUUUAUUAUUUAAUCUGUGUGAAUCAAAAGUAGUUUACUGAUUGCACUGCAAUGUGUGGAUUUUUAAUUUGGUGUUAGCAGCUCAUAGGAGACAUUCACUGAAAUGAUUCACUUGUUUGAAUAGGAAACUGAUCGGACACACGUGCACUACUGUAGAAGUGUGUAGACGAGACACGGCUUGAUUUGCUUGAGUGUGUAAUUUAAAAAUAAUAUUGUUUUGAGCACAUUUGAAUAUUAUGUUUUUUGCUGUGAUUACGUGAUCUCUGAUUAAUCACUGUAAUUUUCUGUAAAAAAAAACAAAACAAACGACAACAAAAAAACCUGUAUCUUCACAUUCCUUGUCACACCGAGCCUAAGAGAAAAGAAAUAAAAUGUAAUAGAGAAAUGUAUCGGGCAUCCCAUACACUCACUGUAAUGACCAAGUGUACACGAGGUAUCAUCACCUUAAUGUGAGCUGCUGCUGGAAGUCAGUUGUUUCUGUGUCAAUGUUUGAGUGUUUUUUUAGCACACUUACCGAAAGUACAAGACUUUAGCGCCAGGACCUCAAACUGCCGGCCCUCCCUGAGAGCACAAUCCACCUUUUUUUCUUAUCAUAUCGAUUUAAUCUACUCUUUCACAUACAAUUAAAAUAAAAAUUCUGUUUGAGUUUGAGACCCCUGAUUUAUAGAACCACAGGCAGCACCCAUCCUAAUACAAAUCACAAAUCUACACUCUGAACUUAAAAAGUAGAUCUCUGGAUGUUCUACAAAGCUGAACUAGAGGUACAUGAAUCCUAAGACGAGAGUUGGGUCUACCUCUGCUUUAUACACUGCACUGAGUGUGUUUCUUUGUCACAGCUCCACUGGUUGAACAUAGAUAGCACUGCUGUGGGUCAGGGCUCCCUUGAGUCCCAGUGAUACUGUUAAUAAAACUGUAAGCCUGUUCACACUGUACAGCUAAUUAUUUUUUAUAAAAGUUAGUUCUAGUAUCUUAUUUGUAGUAUUUGCUCAUUUCUAUAAUUCCCAGAAUGAUAUGACUUAGUCACGGGACAAACAACCAAAUAACCUCCUUAAUGUAUGCUGAAUGUAUUUACUGUAUCUCCUUUAAAGGUCCAGUGUGUAACUUUUAGGAGGCUCUAUUGGCAGAAAUGGAAAAUGAUAUUAAUAGAUAUGUUUUCAUUAGUCUAUAAUCACCUGAAUAUAGGAAUCAUGUUUUCAUUCCCUUGAUAUGAGCCGUUUUUAUCUACAGACACCUUGGAGCGCCUUCCGUCCACCAUGUUGAACCGGCUGUAGAUUUCUGGCUAUAGAUGGGGCCUUUCGCAUUUCUCUUUCAUAGUUUUUCGUACACACUUCACAACCCGUUCUCAUUCCCAGGACGUCGAGUAUAGAUGCGAGCGGUCAGUUGCAGUCUGAAACUUCACCACUAGAUGCCACUAAAUGCUCCACACUGGUCCUUUAAAGGCAUGCUACACAGUUCAAUUUUAGCUUUUGGGUGGGGAAGCGUGCUGUUUGAGGCUCUCAAGUAAAUAACAAAAAAAGGACAAAAUGAUGCAAAGAAUAGAUGGAAAUAGCUGAAAGGAAACUAGAUUUUUCAGUACAUAUGAUACGGUACAUAUAUACUGUUUACAAAGAGUUGAUUCAACACAUUCACAGACUGUUUAUCUUACUGAUAUUCUGGUUUUCACAGCACACAGGUCAUGCAGCACAGACUCAUUUUAAGUUUUUUUUCUGGCCGAGCAACACACUUUUUAAAAAUGUAUUUAAGCUUUAUAAGACCUUAAGAACAAAUUCAUAUUUACAAUGGCUGCCUGGGUGACAGGAGACACAUUUCCAUGCAACCAGCAGCCGGCAGCAUUAAAAGAUCUUUUUCUUCUUCAACCUUUUUUUUUUACAGUCGUAGUGGAGCAGGCCAGUGCUCCUCCGUCUGAGGUUUUUGGAAGCGUCGCUUUACUCUAGUUGCUUCAAGAUGUAGGAAUGCGCUGUUGAUAAUCUGUAUUAAAUUUCACAAAACUAAAUGUCCCCUUUGCUGGUCUGUGUUUAAACUAUAACAGUGAUUCAACUUCCUGUCAGUUCAUGGAAGCGUUACUCAGUAGCUGUCCCGAACAGACUGUGCCUGGUAAAGCUCUGCUGUGAACAGGAAGUGAUACAUUUCAUAUUUCUGGAUUUUGAAGUAAGUAGAGUAAGGCUUGUGUGAUUAUGUGUGAUUGCCUAAUUUUGUUUUUGAUUUAAAAUGUGUCUCCUGUCACCUUCUCGAUCGCUGAUUAUUCACCUGUUUGAUCACCAGUCAAUCAAACCAGGUGACCUCUGGGAUGUGCAGCGAGUAAACUCCUCACUGAUGACAAAAUGAACAAGCUGAACGUAGUCAAACCUGCCGAAUGUGUUGGAUAAUCCAAUGAUGAUUUAUGAUUUAUAAGUGUAUUUACAGUGCUGCCCAAAGUUUACCUGCCAUAAGGUUAGAUUUGACCUGCCAGAUGAUUCUAACAAAUAUAUAUAUAUAUAUCAUAUAAAUCACUUUUUAUGUGGUUUUAUUAUUUGUGAGUAAAGUGUAGUCAGAGUGUGUAGUGUAGUGUAAGUCAGUCAGUUAGGGAAACUUGGGAUCCUAAUACCAUUUUGCAUCUACAAGUGCUUUAUUAUUAUUUAUUUAUCUAUGUUUGGGCUCCUCUGGUUUAUUACUUUAUCACGGGUUACAAAAAUGUGUAAUAAAACCGACGGUAAUAAUGUUACAACUUGGAAGAAUGCGUCAAGUUGUUAGAUUAUUCAAUAUGUUUAAUACAUCGGUAAAGUAACAAUACAUUUAAAUGUGGUGUUUUUAAGUUUGGUUCACAGUUACUACAAGUUUUUUCUUGAAUGAGACCAAAAAAAAAAAAAAAGUAUCUUCUGUAUCUUCACCUGUCCAUUGACAGAGAGUUUGUCCCAAAACUAGAAUAAAUUGUGCACAUGUAUAAAGAACUGUAUAACGGUGGAUUUUUGGAGGGAGGCGGGUUGAUUUUUAUUUCUUUACAUGUUUGUGACUGAACAGCUUUACAAGAUGAAAUGUGCAGCUCGGACUUCUCUGUAAAUAAAAGUUGUCUUUGCAUA